AUGGUUCGGCAUCCAUUUCAAAAACUAUGCUGCGUACUGCCAGUUGACGGCCAACAGCCGUUCCUGUUGGCUGCUUCAGGUCAUAUAAUCAGCACUUUCAAUCUGAAAAAUGGAGCUCUUUUGAGCCAGUGGCCCCGGCGAGAAAUUAAAACGGCAGAAAAGAAUGGUACCCACGCCGAUGAAGAACCCCCGGCCAAAAGACGCAGAGUCGAAGGGGAGGAAAUUUCGGCGGAUCUUUCUCAGCAAACUACAGACGAAUCGAUCGAGACUAUACCCGAGGGCCAAAAGGGAGGGCGACAGAAGCUGAAGUUAGAAAGCUCUCCAUUACCCCAUGUCUCGCACAUCGUCGCUUCGAGUGACGGCACGAAGGUGGUCACGGUAACUACGACGGAUAAGUCGAUCAACGUGUUUAGCGUACGACCCGGAGGAAUCUUGGAGUUACAAAGCCAACGAUCGAUGCCCAAACGAUUAUGUAGACUUGUCCUCACUUCCGAUGAGAAAGAUAUCCUGGUUGGAGACAAAUUUGGAGACGUCUACCUACUACCAUUGUGUCCUACAGCGGACUUCGUUCCCAAGACCGUGAAGCUGGAUCAGUCUCCAGUCCCUUUCAGUCCGGCAGCUUCGGAGUUGACAGUCCAUACCGGAAGGAAUCUAGAGGCACUUCGGCAGCAGCGUAAACAGAAGGUGUCCCCGCCUAAGAAAGAAGCGCCCAGCUUUCGAUUGAAGUUGCUAUUGGGCCAUGUCUCGAGUCUGACCGACGUAGCUAUUGCUGAACUGCAGGACGGGUUGAAACGCAAGCAGUAUAUCUUGACUGCGGAUCGAGACGAGCAUAUUCGGGUGUCUCGAGGAGUCCCACAGGCUCAUAUCAUCGAGAACUAUUGUUUGGGGCACCGUGAAUUCGUGAGCAAGAUGUGUGUUGUACCAUGGAAACCCGAGUUUUUGGUGACAGGGAGUGGCGAGCCAUCUCUGAAGGCCUACCACUUUCUGACAGGACGUUUGCUCGACGAAGAGCUUUUUCACGGAGCAGUGCGACAAGACAUUGCCAGUGCGCUGAAUCUGGAUGAUGGCGAUCGCUCUCUAGAUCGUCUGGCUGUCUCCUCCAUCUGGCCCAUCAAUUUCACCGUGGCUGGCAAUUCACCACGUUCUCGCCGUCCUCCCCAUCUUCUCCUUGUUGCGUUGGAAGGACUCCCACUCCUUCUAAGCUACGGCCUCACGGAGGAAGGCCGACUGAGACACCAUCAAAGCCUGACUCUUGGAGGGAAUGUCUUGGACGUUGGCAUCGGGCCUGCUCUCUGGGAUAUCGUGGUCAGUAUUGACACAGUGCAUAAGCCGGGUUCGAUGAGAGUGAUCCGACCGGCCGAAACGGCCGAAACGGAGGUGUUUGAAACCUUUGAGUUAUUCUCAGACCAUCCAAGCCACGAAAAUGGUGUGAGCGAGUUCGAGAAAGUGGACGGAGUUGACCUGCGAUGGGAGAAGACUAGUCUGGCAAUACUUUUAAACGAGGCAGCUUUGCACGGUGAGAUGGCUGAUGUGCCAACAGAAGGGCCAUCGAAGGCACAAACCACAUACAGCGCUCUGGGCGAGAGCAUAUACGGGCUCGAAAAUCUGAGGAAGAAAAGAGAUUCACAAGCUCAAGAGGACGAAGCCGAAGAAAUCGGGGAUGAUGAGAUACCCGUGGCCCCUGAAGGGACUACAUGA